AUGAUGCAGGGCAAGGCAGAUAAAAAAGAGGCCUCCGGUACGGACGACGAUGUCCAGGAAGAAAGAAGAGCGAAGGGCAAUGCCAUGAGCCGACGUCCGAGGAUCGAAUCCGUAACGCUUGCCGAUAGUGAAAGAUUGGGGCUUUUUUGUAAGUCCUUCGGGGGUGUUACCGAGGCCUCAGGUAUCCAUCGAUCCAUUCAGCCGUCAGUCUGUCCUGGUAGCGGGAUGUAG